GUGGGUGGUUAUUUUCAGUCUUUGUGUGUCUGCACCAGACAGAACUGUUUCGGUUAUCACUUUGUUGUUUUGUAUUUUGAAGUGUUCUUUCAUCAUUAAAUAAGAUGAACACUUACCACGCUGUGCUUUGGUCCUCUCCUCCUUCCACCUACGAGGAGAAUCGUUACAAUUAUGGAAUGUAAAAUGCCUAUUCCACUUCAGUUGACUCUGGUCUGAUACAGAUCGAACAUAGCUUUGCAAUGGCUGUUAGGAGGACCUUUGAAAAGGAGAGCUGCACACUCUAGCGCAGACUCAGUCAUUUAAUAACCUAAUAUCCAACCUUUCCGACCGACAAGCUGUCUUCAUCAGCGUAUACUGUUAGGAGCACCUUAACACAGAUGGAUCUAUUAAUCUCUGACCGUACCUCAUUGAAAAGAUGGACACCCUGACCCUGGAGCUUGUGGCAGAGCGCAGCAUGACCCAGAAGAGUGAGAAUGCGCGCCAGCAGCUGGAGAGGCAGAACAAGGUCUUGCGGGCCAAGCUGGGUGAGCUGGAGGGCUCCGUGAAGUGCCGGUUCAAGGCCUCCAUCACCGCCCUGGAGGCCAAGAUACUGCAGCUGGAGGAGCAGCUGGAGCAGGAGGCUAGGGAGCGAGCAGCGGCCAAUAAGCUUGUGAGACGGACAGAGAAGAAGCUGAAGGAGGUGUGCAUGCAGGUGGAGGACGAGCGCCGCCAUUCCGACCAGUACAAGGAACAGAUGGAGAAGGCCAACUCUCGCAUGAAGCAGCUGAAGAGGCAGCUUGAGGAGGCUGAGGAGGAGGCCACACGUGCCAACGCCUACCGCAGGAAGCUGCAGAGGGAGCUGGACGAUGCAACUGAGAGCAGCGAGGGUCUCAGCCGUGAGGUCAACACACUCAAGAGCCGACUCAGGCGUGGAGGCCCCAUCAGUUUCUCCUCCAGCCGCUCAGGCAGGCGUCAGCUGCAGGUGGAGGGAACAUCGCUCGACCUCCUAUCCGACGAUGAGGUGGAAAACAAGACCACGGACGCCAAUGCCAACGAGACGCCAGCAGCUCCCCAACCAGAGUAGACGGUCUCCCUCAAGCCCACACGCAGCAUGGCCUCCGCCCCCACAAACCUUACCCCUGUCCUCCUAACCCCAGACACCAGCAGUGGACCCCACUACUCUGCCUUACCCCUCUAUGGCAAGCUGCAGGGCCAAGCAAAUCCAUCAUCUCCUCUAUAUGAAUAUACCGCACAUCCAGCCUUGGAUUCGUUUUUAACAUCAAUUGCAGAUAAAAGUGCAUUUAAAUUGCAUAGGCGUCUGAGUGUGCAUAGGCACUCGAAAACAAAUAGCAGGAGUUUACCAUAAUUAUGUUAAGCUACUUCCCUGGAACAGCCAUUAGAAUCAAACAGCCCUCUUGCUAGAAUUAACCUCUGUCAUUUCAGCUGGUUUACUGGCACACAGGUGGACGACUGCACACAAGUCGGUAAAAACAUGUGUCUUUCAUGAUUGUACAGUAUUGGACCAGGAAAUGUAAAACAAAGCACAGCAUAAGCGAGGGAAUUAUUUUUAAAUGGUAGCCUAAAUGAUGAUCCCACCAAAUGUUUUCAUCAAAACCACCACUGUCAUAGAGAUACUGCAAUCCACUUAGUUUAGUAUAAAAAUAACUAGGUGAAUAACUCCUUAGUAGAAGGUUGGUAGUAAAUUAGAUUGUACCACGCCAUGUUGCCUCAGCAUUCCCCCUAUAUAUAUGACCAGCAAAAGACCCUGUUAACUUUACCAAUAUAACCUUGUCCAAUAACCCACCAUUUUAUAUUUGACAUAUCAAUCUACUUUAAGUGGUGUACGAUAAUGUGUGGAAUUAGGUUUGUCAGACUUGGAGCAAAGGCCCUUUUUUUAGGAAGACAGCCCAAAUGUGUGCUUGACAUACUAUAAUAUUGCUAUGUAUAAUUCUGGCUAUUCAGUUAUGUUUUCUGUACCAUGUACAAAAUACUUAACUCAAAAAGGUCUCUUUGACAUCUCGUGUCACCUUAAUUUCAAUACAUUACAAAUGGCUGAAUAAUAUUAGCAUGAUUUACAGAAGGGUAAUUCAUGUUUUAUUGAGUGUUAGAGCGUUGGUUUUAAUUCAGUGGUUCAGGGUAGAGCAAUCGAUCAAUUUGAAUAUGCACACUUGUUGAUGCCUUGAUUAUUAAAUGUUAAACAUAAAUGACCAUUUUGUAAAUGACUAAUUACAUAUUUGAGGUCUUUAUUAUUAUUUUAAACCAGAACAAAUUGGGGGGAAAAAGGUUUAUCUGUUUCUUUUGAAAGACAAUAAAGACAUGAGGGGAAAAAGUGUAUCGUGUUUGAACCAGUUUCAUAGCUUUAGUGUCAUAUUAUACCAUAAGCACCUCUCCCAUCGUGUUGGUGUGAACCAGUGUUAUAACAGAAUGAUUUAUGGAGCCUUCUGUCUGCCAGGCAGAAAGUAGGAUUUCAUUGGGUUCAAAGCUUUAACAUCCUGAAGGUUGUUAUUAUUAGUGGACUGGCUGUUGACGACCAGGUAUUCAUCAUCUCCUUUUAUUUCUUGUAUUUCUAGACUUUUUUUGUUGUUGUUUGUAAAAGACCAAUAAACACAUCCAUUAUAGA